UGCUCCUCCGUUUACAUGAUCUUUAUUGCCGAAACGGAACCCUGACUCUCUCUCCCUCCACAAACAAACUGCAAAGGGUCCAAAAGACAAAAACAAGGAUAAACAACACACCUACUACAUACAAAGCAAAGCACAAUCGCGUGCUUCUCCAGAUGGUUUAAAAAAACAAGCCAAGCCACUUUGAUGCUCAAUUAUGGAGGACCUGCAAGACUUUGGUUCUUCUAGUGCAAGUGCUAAGACCAUUGCUGCUGAACUCAAGGAUGAUUUUUACUCCAAACUUGUUGAUGACUUCCUUGGCGCUCAUUAUGGGGAUCUGUUGGAGCUAGAUGGAAAGAAUUGGAAAAAUCGCAUGUUGGUGCAGAUUGGGCUGUUGAGAGAAGAACAAGAUGUUUCAUGGGUUGAUUUAAUACAAUGGCUCCAAAAGAUUAUCCCAAUGUUUAAGUCUGCUGAUUUCCGAAGCUUAAUUGAGAGAAACACGACUACAGCUUUGAGCCUUACUGGAGAUGCUAGAGAGAACUUUUUUGAGUCCGAUGUCAACUUUGAAUUUGUUGGACCUAUAUGUGAUAGCAUCGGAAUCGGAAGAAGAGAUUUGCUUGAAAUGUCAGACCUUUCAGAUCGUGCAAAAUUAACUGCUCUCACAAAUGGCCUAGUUCUGGAAUUGACUAACUUUAUUUCACGGGAGAAGUUAGACCCAGUCGUUUUAGUGUCCUGGAUUCGUAACUUUGAGCCUUUAUUUUGUAGUGAUGGUAAGAUCCAAAGGGCCUACAAGCUCCUACGUGGGAAUCUCAGGAUUUUCAGAAUGCAGUACCGCAAUAAUCAGAGGAGCCGUAAGAGAAGCCGUGGAUUGCUGGAAGAGUUUCUUCAGAGUCCGUUCGAUCUUUCUCCUGAAGCUGAUGCUGAUGAUGUUGAAUACAGGAGGGUGGCAAUGAACAAAGCACAUCUGAAGAGAAAACGGCGCAUGUAUAAACAUACUACUGCAAUGAAGGAUGAAGAUGAACACUUCAAUAUUUCACAGAUAGAUGUUACUGUGAAAACACAUGAGCCAAUGCGGCAUGAACCAAUGCAGCAUGAACCAAAGCAGCAUGAGCCAAAGCAAAUGCCUCAUGCAAUGUUUGUAAAAAAGGAACUGGGAUCACAGACCCAUCAAUCCCAGAACCAAAAUCCAGAGGAAGAUACAAAAACCGACACAGGUGACAAUGUCACGCUUCUUGAUAUCGCUGUCUUGUCUUGGCAAAAGAUGGCAGGCAUAUAUGGGGGACCAAAUGAAGCUGCUAAGGUGGUUUCACUGGAUCUACUUCAGAAUCACUUUAAUGCAAUGCUGAAGAAUGAUGAUGAUCUGAGAUCCCUUGAUGAAAAAGUCAAAGCAAGCACUCAUCCAAUAGUCCCACCUUUGGAUUUUCUGCGCUACAUCUCCCAGUUUCUUUUUGAACUUAUAGAUGUAACUGAGCAGCAAAUGAUUUCGUUCGAAAAAGAUAUAGUGUUUACCACAGCCGAGAAACUCGGACGCGACAAGCACCCCAGAUUCCAGACUUUUGUCAACUUCGAAGAGAGUGCUGUGACUCGUUACAUUAAUAUGGCAUCUGAAAUGUUAUGUCCAAGUGAUGUGACCAACCCCAACUACCGCAGACUCUGGCUUGCCUUUUGCCUAGAGAGAAAAAUCCCUUCAAGUCUGCCUAUUUAUCGGUCAAAUCGUGUGAUUAACUACUUCGAGGCAGCUGCUGGACUCAUUCAUCAUCAUGAAGAAGUUGCUUUAUUUGUAUCCGACCUGCAGCUUCUAAAUAACAACUCAAGCAUCCUGUUGGACAGCAUCAAUGCUGAUGCAAACGAUAAGACUUUGCAGACUCUGGUCUGUGUGGUUGCCAUUAUCUACCUCAAAGUCUUAGGUCCCUUUUGGCAACUCUUAAAGAGCGAUGGAGAAUAUCCUUUUUUCAGUAGGUACAUCUUUUGCCUCUAUGACAAACUCCUGGAAUGUUCGUUAGACACGAGUCGCCUUUUGCAACCGGAGAACUUUGUAAAUGUAUUCUUACAAGCUCCAAUCCAAGAGGGGACUUUUGCAGGAGUAUUCAGAUUUUGCAGAGACAAUGCUGACAACCAGUAUGGUACUCUCUUGAAGACUUGUUUACAGAAGAUGAUGAAAGCCCUUGCAGCAGUAAUGGAGGACAAUCUGAAAGAUUUCUUACCUGGCGGCAAACACUGCAAAGAUCUGCCUGGGGAUAUAGCUGUUCAAAUGGCAAACUGUACAUUUUUACAGCUGAUGGGGGAGUAUCCCUUUGGUCACACAUACCCAUAUAAGAAAAAACGGCCUGAUAAAGCUGUCAACCAGACUGAGGGUUGCGCUUCUAAAGAGGCACAACAAGAACCUGCGUCUCAAAAGGUGUCAGAUACACCUACAUCACCAGCAGCCUCAUUAUCGCCUCAGAAAACCAUUCAAAUGCAGCAAUGGAUAUCGAAACCCUACUCCAUCAUUGAAGGUGCAAAUCUAAAAAAAAUGAAAGCAUCUAGACUAAAGCAAAGAGCUCAGGGGCACAUUUAUAGGAAAAUGAUUAUUGGAACGAUUUCAAAGUAUGGCGGCCCAUGUAAAAGCAAGCAAGAUGUUGAACGAUUGCUUCAAAAACUGGAAGGUGCCAGUCUAAAUCAUAAACGUGAGGUCAUCCGCUCUGAGCUGAACUACCAGAAGAGCAUUUCGGGUUCUAGAGAUAAAAAGCUAAGUAACAUUGGCUUCUCUUUGAAUGACAUGGUUUCUACAUUGAAGGACGUCUUACCAAAUGACAAAAGUAUCGUUUCACCUUCAACUGAAAAUGUGCUUGAUCACUCAACAGACCCAAACUCAAGCAUCGCCUCCAGACCCUAAAAGCACAGCAAAUGGUCAGAAAAGUCAAACUGAAGAAAAAUUGAACAGUACAAUUGACAUAAAAAAAUAUGUUUGGGACAUGCUACAGGGAGAAUUUUGAGUUUCACUGAUUGUGUUGAUGGAAAUGUUGAAUACAACCUACUUGCAUUAGCUUCUGCUUUUUUAUAGUAAAAAGAUUUGUUCUCAGAUGUUACUAACAGAUUUGUUACUUUUGUUGUUGAAAUUAGUGCAAUAGUGCAUUUUAUUUUGUCAAAAUAGUGCAUUAGUUCAUUUAGCGAUUUUUUUUUUUAUACAUUUCUUUGAUAGAACUUUCUUCACGAAAUAAAAGCAUUUUGCAGCCUA